AUGUCCACAUUCUUCACACUCAAUGCCACUUUGAAAAUUGGAAAUUUGAAUUCUGAUUUUCAACAAACUUCAACACUUCCUUACAAUCUCUUUCCAACUUCAACAAGCUCUGUAUUGGGAAAGGCAUCUCUCUCACAAAGUGUGAAUUAUGAUUUUAAUGGAAAUGUUCGAAGUGGUGCUACUUUUUUGGAUUGUGGUGCUUAUCAGAGAGGAUCUUCAACCACCAAUCCAGGAUGGACUCCACAAAAUGGAUUUAAACCUUAUAUUAAUAUUCAAAACAUCUCCAAAGAAUUCCUUUAG